ACGCGUCAUUGUGAAACCACGUGCAUUUAUUAUGAAAAUACCGGCGGCCUAUUUCCGGAAGACGGUUACCGUAUGCCAGUCGCCGGGCCUUGGCUGUGCAGUAUCGAUCCUAAGGCGGCAUCCAUAUUUUGUGUGUAUAGGAGCGAUAGUGGGUUUGUGUGUAAGGCCUGGUCCCGCGGUUCGUUUGAUGGUUUGACUGUGUGCACUGUUUAUGUUAAUGUUACAUAGUCUGGAGUGAGUUUCAGUCGCCAUAGAGUAGUGACAAGUCAACGAUUGCCCGACAUCGACAAUUUAGUGAUACAGGACUCUCUGGUUGGGGAUGCUAAUCCUACACACUGACCUCAUUGCUUGCAUUCAGUUUUAAAAACGCCGGGAUUCUGCACGUGUUGAAUUGAGUAGUGAUACAGAGCGGAAGUUUAAUUUAUUCGCAUACCUCUUGGCAGAACAGCUACUUGUUUGCGUGACAAAAUGACUAACCGUACCCCAGUCAAGAAAGUGCCCAUACAUUUACAGAGUGCACAGUCACGACUGUUCCUGAAAGGAGGCCGAAUAGUUAACGAUGACCAGUCUUUUGAUGCUGAUAUCUACAUUGAAGAUGGAAUUAUCAAACAGGUGGGUAACAACCUUGUCAUUCCUGGGGGAUCACGGACGAUUGAUGCCCGCGGCAAACUCAUUAUACCAGGUGGUAUUGACACGCAUACGCACAUGCAGCUGCCAUUUAUGGGAACCUAUGCUGUAGAUGAUUUUUACAGUGGAACCAAGGCAGCUUUAGCAGGAGGAACUACCAUGAUCAUUGACUUUGUCCUUGACCAAAAGAAUGUAUCUCUACUGGAAGCAUAUGACAAAUGGAGGAACUGGGCUGAUGGUAAAGUCUGCUGCGACUAUGGACUUCAUGUUGGGGUCACCUGGUGGUCAGAUCAGGUCUCUAAGGAGAUGGAGGUCCUGUGUAAAGAGAAAGGUGUGAACUCCUUCAAAGUUUUCCUUGCCUACAAGGAUGUAUUCAUGCUGGAUGAUGAUGAAGUGUACCAGACCUUUACACGGUGUCGGGAGCUAGGUGCCAUUGGCAUGGUCCAUGCUGAAAAUGGACAUUUAAUUGCACAGAAAUCACAGGAGAUGAUAGACAAUGGUAUUUCAGGACCCGAGGGACAUGAAAUGUGUCGUCCAGAGGAGGUGGAGGCAGAAGCCACACUACGAGCUAUCACCAUAGCCAAUCAGGCAAAUUGUCCUAUCUAUGUUGUUCAUGUCAUGAGCAAAUCUGCAGCCAAAGUGGUAACUGCAGCAAGGAGAAAAGGUAAUGUUGUGUUCGGGGAACCCAUCGCUGCUAGUCUAGGUACAGAUGGGACUCACUACUGGAACAAGUGUUGGAGACACGGGGCAGGGCAUGUGAUGGGCCCACCCCUUAGACCAGAUCCAACCACACCAGGGUAUUUGAUGGACUUGCUAGCAAAUAACGACCUUCAAGUGACCGGAACAGAUAACUGUACAUUUAAUGCUGACCAGAAGGCAUUGGGCAAGGACGAUUUUAGAAAGAUCCCUAAUGGUGUGAAUGGUGUAGAGGACAGAAUGUCCGUCAUCUGGGAGAAGGGCGUUGCAUCUGGUAAGAUGGACCCCUGUAGGUUUGUAGCUGUAACUAGUACCAAUGCUGCCAAGAUCUUCAACAUUUAUCCUCAAAAGGGCCGUAUUGCAGUAGGAUCUGAUGCAGAUAUUGUAAUCUGGAACCCCAAUGCGACUAGGACUAUUUCUGCCAAGACUCACCACCAGGCUGUAGACUUCAAUAUAUUUGAGGGCAUGACAUGUCAUGGUGUGCCCGAGUAUGUUAUCACUAACGGACAUGUGGUGUUAGACGAGGGACAGUUGCGGGUAACACAGGGAAUGGGACGUUUUAUUCCAACACCUUGUAACUCAGAAAUUGCAUUUAGCCGAAUCAGAGAAAGGGAGAGGACCUGUAAGCCUUGUAAGGUUGAGAGAGAAGGAUAUGAUGGACCAGUUGUAAAGGUGGACGGAAAUGUGCCUGAGGUCAUCACCAAGACAAGCAACCCAAUCUUGUCUGCCGACGCAGGAUCAGACAAGUUUAACUCUCACUGUCGGCCAGCUACCAGCAGUGGUGGGAGAAACCUUCAUGACUCUAGCUUUAGCCUCAGUGGUGCUCAAUAUGAUGACAAACAGGUUCGAAAGUCCUCCACACGUACGCUAAACCCACCUGGCGGAAGGUCAGAUGGUAUCUGGUAAAGGACAAAGGUUGAAGCUGAAAACUGGAUUAGAUGGGGUUACAGGGGCCAUGAGGGACAGAGACAGAUCUGUUUUAUUUCAUGAAUAUGCAGCAGUAACUGAUAAACGCUUUUAUUGUUAGUAUGUGCAGCAGGUCAAGGUCCUGUCAAGGUCAAAGUCAGGGAUUGUAAAGUUAUCUGUGGAAUGUCUCCAAUGAGGGUAGUAGCAUUUUCAGUUUGUUCUUGACAUGAAUAUAUAUAUAUAUGUAUAUAUAUAUUAUACACAUAAAAGAACUACUUUUUCUCAACUUCAAACUAGGAUUUUAACAUUUUUUGUGUAUAUUAUAUAUAUAUUGAGGGUAGAGAAUUGGAUUUGUAGGGUCCGUCAGAAUCAAUCAAAACCUGAAGCUCUCAGUGUCAGUCAGUUUAAUUAUAUAAACUUUAAUUACAAUUGUAACAUUAUGUACUUCCAUAUUAUUAUAAACUGGUUGUAUUUGUGUGUCGUUACUAAUGAACAUCAGGCUAUGUCUUGGAGCACCUGAUGAGAUUCGUUCAUCAGGUGCCAUAUGAGAAAUAGAUGGAAGAUGAACCUGGUUUCUACCCAGUAUUUAAACCAUUAAGACACUAGAAGCCUGUUGGAUCUGUAGCUUUCAUUAAAAUUGGCUAUAAAUUUUGUCGGUGCCUUUCCUGCAGUGUGUUAAGGUAAAUGAAUCUCUUGUCACAGAAUCCUCAAACAUCUAUGGACAAUAACUCCUGUUUUAGGUGGUACCAAAGAUGUCAAUUUAGAUUUAAAAAACAGUGAUAUGAUCUGAUGGAUUUAUACCUUCAUAAAGCUAACAAUUAGAAACUUUAUGACAAAAAUAUUUCGUAGAUGUGCAUCAGUCUACAAACACACCUUCCAUUAUAUAUAAGAAAGAUCUCUGUAAUUGUGCGAUAAUUUUUUUUAUCAGUGAUGUUGUGUGUAAAAUUGGAUGUGCGGAGUUUGAUGUUCCAUUAUCAAACAUUUUGUACAUGUCUUUAACUUCAUUUAUCAUUCUAUGGUAAUGAUACUUAAGAUGAAAUAACCAGAAGAUAAAUACUGCUGUUCUUGAAAUAUUUACAGAUAAUAUAGCUUAACCUACCCAUGUAUUUGUCUGUAACCUACGAUCUCUGACUCUACGUAAUGAUGUACACAAUGGGUCUAGAUCUGUCUCCCCAUGUUAAGAUACCAAACACUCCACUUAGUCUGAGGGUUACUGUGCCCAUUAGUCUGAGGGUUACUGUGCCCAGAUGGUUCUGCAAAUCAUGUAUAUGUGAAAAAAUAUUGUUAUGCGAGUUUGUUCCUGAGCUUGAACUGUUUAAUUUGUGUCAGUGGAAAUUGCAUCAUUUAUAUUCAUGAUGAAUGGUUACUAAAUUUGUAAAACCAAUUUCUACCCCAAUAUUAUGCCUUAGAUGUUACAAAAUAUAAGUAGGAUUAAUCUUCAGUGUUGAAUUGAAGCUUUAGAUUAUAGAAAUCUUAAUGAAUAUUCAGAAUCUUUUAUUUUAUCUGACUCUAAGGAGAAGGUAUAUAUUUACAAUAUUUGGAGUUUUAACGUCUGUAGAUCCUAUACCAUUUAUUAAUUACAUAUGUAGGUGGGAGGUUUUUAAAGUACUUUGUAUUUGAAUGUGAUGUAUGAAUUAUUGUGAAGGUCAAGUUUUUUUUGUUUUCUAGUUUACAGAUCUGAACUUGUAUAAGUAUUUUUCCUCAUUCAAAAUCUCCAGUACCUAGUUCUGACAAACGUUGGGUGUGUGUGUUCUGUGGGAAUUUUGAAGAAAAUAAAAGUCUUAACAGCUGAUUGUCUUUGGAUCUGUGUAAUGAUGUAUUUGUGACUAUAACUUGUUGUUGGAGAAAAUGAAUUGAACAUUGUGGGUGGUUUACAUUCUGUAUGUGCUAUAUCAGUAAGAUUUGAUAUAGAAAGAGUAAAGGUGAUAUAACUCCACUGCUUGUAUUCUGACAGAAGUAACCCAUAUAUUCAACAGCAUUUGAGCAUUUAGCGGUAUUCAUAAUCAGAGAUCUUCCUAUUUUAAAGGUUUCCAAAAAUCUGAAAUUUAAUUAUAAGCUUUUAAAUGUGUCCAGUUUUAUUCAAUGCUUUUGGCGUUAAUCUACUCAUAGAAAAUGGCAAAAAAAAAAUAAAAGUAGAUGUAAAAAAAACUCCAUUGAAAAAGCAAUUUUCGUGAUAGCAUAUUGAUCUUGAUUUCAUUGCUGCAAGGUGUCAAGUAUAUGUCACUGUAUUAUCAAAUUGUACAAAGGAAUUUCUCCAUACACAAACUUGCAUGUGAUAAUCUGUCACUUGUCAAAGUUGUACACUUUUAAAAUAUAAGGAUAGUUUUGUUUCACAGGUUACUGAUAAUGUCUGUAAUGUUAAAGUUUUCAGCUUUUUUUAAUCUAUUAAUAUUUUAUCUAAAAAUCUGCUACUGUGAAAAGAACUCAAAGAACCCAAUACAUUGGACUGAUGAGUAAAAUUCAAAAAAUUAUUUUCAACUCUUUCCCUCGGCUAAGUUUGCCACAAGCUUCGUACUUGGUACUCAUUAGUGAACAUAUAAUCAUUUACCUUUUUCAGCAGAUAUUUCAAAUGUUAUUUAACAAUACAAAUGGUUUGUUAUGAGUAGAGAAUGUUAUUUCCAGAUUACCUCCCUUUACUGGCUUUGUUUGGUUGUUAGUCCUUGUAUAUGAGAAAUCAUGCUAGUAUCCAUUAUGUGAUUAAGUUGUCUGUAUGGAGUUGUUGUUUUGGUACGUGUAGCAUUUACAUGAAUCAUGUUUUCUUUGAUGUUAUUGUAACCUCCUAAAUUAUUUGUUGGUUUAUAUAGUAGAAAAAGCUUGUGCUGUUUCUGUAAGUCACUUCAAUUUUAGCGGUACAUAUUCCAGAGUUUCUUUGUUCAAAUGAUGAAUGGUCAUAGUGACUGUAGAACUGUUAGAUUUGUAGGAAAUCAAUUCAUGAAUAUUCAUGAUGAAAAUUGAGUUAUGAAUAUAUUAACUUUAUCCUAGAAGUGAAAUGAUUUACAAGUUUGAGCAGAAGUUCAUUAUUACAAACACUGCCUUUGUACCUAUAUCAGCUAGAGUUUGUCCUGUCAGCAAUAUUUCAAAUACUUUUCUGUAUGGAAUAAAUAUUAAGUUAAAGAAACUAA